AUGGCUUUUGAAAAUGAUCACCUUCACAUCUUUCAAUGGCGUUUCAUUGAAAUAAAUCACUCAAACUUCCACUCAUACAGCCAUGGCAUCUUCCUCCUGCUUUUCUUCUUCUCCCUCAUCAUUCUGAUUGUCACAUUGUUCCUUCUCGCCCACUUAUGUCGCCAGCGCUUCCGAGUCACCUCUCAAGUACCGGCCAGUAGUACACUUCAGUGGGCAAAGUUUGAGAUGGAAUCAAUGGAGAAUAAGAGUGUAGGUGACUCGAAUGUAGAAUGCUGUAUAUGUUUGAGUGUGUUAAAGGAUGUUGCGAAGGUGAAGGUGUUACCAGAAUGUGAGCAUGCUUAUCAUUCAGAGUGUGUGGACAUGUGGUUAAGUGCAAACCCUAGUUGUCCUCUUUGCAGGAGAAAAGAGCCAAGACCCUCCCCAAAUCCCUCCGAUGUGGAACCUGAUAACUCCCCCAACCAAUCUGUGACGCCCCCAUCACGGGUGGCCCACCAGAAGGGCCCACUGACUGGGCAAACUUGA